CGGAUACUCUGAGUGUGUCUGGGGGACAUUCCAGGGACCAGGACAUUCAGCUGAUCACUCCACUGCUUUGUUUCCCCACUUACAAGCCACAGGUCACUUUCAGUGUCCAUUAACCCAUUGCGGCAGAGCUGUAUCCAGCUUGAGGUACAUUAGUCAAUUACUACAAUCUUUGGGUAGUUUUGGCAGCCACUAUGCCUCACCGUUUGGUAAUUGUGCGUCAUGGGGAAAGCUCAUGGAACCAGGAGAACCGGUUCUGUGGCUGGUUCGAUGCUGACCUCAGUGAAAAGGGGAAAGAGGAGGCCCAAAGAGGGGCACAAGCCAUUAAAGAUGCCAAGAUGGAGUUUGACAUCUGCUACACAUCUGUUCUGAAGAGGGCAGUGCGCACCCUGUGGUACAUACUGGAUGGCACAGACCAGAUGUGGCUGCCAGUGCACAGGUCCUGGAGGCUGAACGAGCGCCAUUACGGGGGGCUGACCGGACUCAACAAGGCAGAAACAGCCGAGAAGCACGGGGAGGAACAAGUCAAGAUCUGGAGGAGAUCCUAUGACAUCCCUCCACCACCAAUGGGAGAAGAUCACCCGUAUUACAAACUCAUCAGCAAGGAUCGGCGCUAUUCAGCCCUUACCUCAUCAGAGCUACCGUCAUGCGAGAGUCUGAAGGACACCAUCGCCCGCGCACUUCCCUACUGGAAUGAAGUAAUCGCCCCACAGAUCCUUGCUGGCAAGCGGGUCCUGAUUGCAGCACACGGGAAUAGCUUGCGGGGCAUUGUCAAACACCUUGAUGGAAUGUCCGAUGCUGCCAUUAUGGAGCUAAACCUCCCCACUGGAAUCCCUAUUGUGUAUGAGCUGGAUGACAAUUUAAAGCCACUCAAGCCCAUGACCUUCCUGGGGGAUGAGGAGACGGUGAGGAAGGCUAUGGAAGCAGUGGCAGCUCAGGGGAAGGCUAAGAAAUAGAGCCAAGGAAAGACACAUGAAGAGCGGAAUGUGGACUUUUGUAAUAAAUCAUAUUCUCUUAGUAAUAUUACCAUGUCCUAAUUAUAACCCACGUCAUCUUUAGUUCAUCCUAAUUGUUAAAGUGUCAUUAUUGUUACGUGUUAUCCUUCCAUUGUCUUAAUUCUCCUGGCCCUAAUGGAGUGAUCACAACACUUUGGUGACCACAUACUGUAUUAAUCAUCAAUGUCAUCUGUAAUUAUAGAGAAUACCCCCUAAACCAAAUGAAGACACAAGGCUGUAUUAAGGUUUGUGUUUGUGGAGGCCCCAGGGCAACAAACUACCAAUAAAUUUGUCAAUAUAA